AUGAAGGCUUUUAAAGGAGAGGAGGGAGGGCCCGCCUCCACCAAUGAGGUUAGGCCCCUUUCUCUGAGCUCAAUCGCCCACAACCCCGCCAGGGGCAAAACUCUGGCAGAAGCAGAGAGAAGGAGGGAGGAAAAGAAAAAGAGUGAAGGGAGGAACGGCCAGUCGGAGGAGAAGAGACAUCAGGAUGGACAACAGAAUGAGCCCGGGACACCGAGCCUGUCCCGGGGUCUCACCUGGAGUGACAAACGGCGGCGGCUCAGCGGGAUUUCCACCAGACCAGAGGAGCGAAUAAUCCCAGCGGAAAAGACGACAGACCUGGCGACAGACCCGGUGACAGAGCUGGCGACAGACCCGGCGACAGACCUGACGACAGACCUGACGACAGACCUGGCGACAGACCUGACGACAGACCCGGCGACAGACCUGGCGACAGACCUGACGACAGACCCGGCGACAGACCUGGCGACAGACCUGACAAACCUGACGACAGACCUGACGACAGACCUGACAACAGACCUGGCGACAGACCUGACAAACCUGACGACAGACCUGGCGACAGACCCGGUGACAGAGCUGGCGACAGACCCGGCGACAGACCUGACGACAGACCUGGCGACAGACCUGGCGACAGACCUGACGACAGACCCGGCGACAGACCUGGCGACAGACCUGACAAACCUGACGACAGACCUGACGACAGACCUGACGACAGACCUGACGACAGACCCGGCGACAGACCUGGCGACAGACCUGACAAACCUGACGACAGACCUGACGACAGACCUGACAACAGACCUGACAAACCUGACGACAGACCUGGCGACAGACCCGGUGACAGAGCUGGCGACAGACCCGGCGACAGACCUGACGACAGACCUGGCGACAGACCUGACGACAGACCUGACGACAGACCUGACGACAGACCCGGCGACAGACCUGACGACAGACCCGGCGACAGACCUGGCGACAGACCUGACAAACCUGACGACAGACCUGACGACAGACCUGACAACAGACCUGGCGACAGACCUGACAAACCUGACGACAGACCUGGCGACAGACCCGGUGACAGAGCUGGCGACAGACCCGGCGACAGACCUGACGACAGACCUGGCGACAGACCCGGCGACAGACCUGACGACAGACCCGGCGACAGACCUGGCGACAGACCUGACAAACCUGACGACAGACCUGACGACAGACCUGACAACAGACCUGGCGACAGACCUGACAAACCUGACGACAGACCUGACAACAGACCUGGCGACAGACCUGACAAACCUGACGACAGACCUGACGACAGACCUGACAACAGACCUGGCGACAGACCUGACAAACCUGACGACAGACCUGACGACAGACCUGACAACAGACCUGGCGACAGACCUGACAAACCUGAUGACAGACCUGGCGACAGACCUGACAAACCUGACGACAGACCUGACGACAGACCUGACAACAGACCUGGCGACAGACCCGGCGACAGACCUGACAACAGACCUGGCGACAGACCUGACAACAGACCUGGCGACAGACCUGACAAACCUGAUGACAGACUUGGCGACAGACCUGGCGACAGACCCGGCGACAGACCCGGCGACAGACCUGACAAACCUGACGAUAGACCUGACGACAGACCUGACAACAGACCUGGUGACAGACCUGACGACAGACCUGGCGACAGACCUGACGACAGACCUGAAGGACAGACCUGAGGACAGACCCGGCGACAGACCUGGCGACAGACCUGACGACAGACCUGACAACAGACCUGACCCGACGACAGACCUGACAACAGACCCGACGACAGACCUGACGACAGACCUGACAACAGACCUGGCGACAGACCUGACAAACCUGACGACAGACCUGGCGACAGACCCGGUGACAGAGCUGGCGACAGACCCGGCGACAGACCUGACGACAGACCUGGCGACAGACCUGACGACAGACCUGACGACAGACCUGACGACAGACCCGGCGACAGACCUGACGACAGACCCGGCGACAGACCUGGCGACAGACCUGACAAACCUGACGACAGACCUGACGACAGACCUGACAACAGACCUGGCGACAGACCUGACAAACCUGACGACAGACCUGGCGACAGACCCGGUGACAGAGCUGGCGACAGACCCGGCGACAGACCUGACGACAGACCUGGCGACAGACCUGGCGACAGACCUGACGACAGACCCGGCGACAGACCUGGCGACAGACCUGACAAACCUGACGACAGACCUGACGACAGACCUGACAACAGACCUGGCGACAGACCUGACAAACCUGACGACAGACCUGACGACAGACCUGACAACAGACCUGGCGACAGACCUGACGACAGACCUGACAAACCUGACGACAGACCUGACGACAGACCUGACAACAGACCUGGCGACAGACCUGACAAACCUGACGACAGACCUGACGACAGACCUGACAACAGACCUGGCGACAGACCUGACAAACCUGAUGACAGACCUGGCGACAGACCUGACAAACCUGACGACAGACCUGACGACAGACCUGACAACAGACCUGGCGACAGACCCGGCGACAGACCUGACAACAGACCUGGCGACAGACCUGACAACAGACCUGGCGACAGACCUGACAAACCUGAUGACAGACUUGGCGACAGACCUGGCGACAGACCCGGCGACAGACCCGGCGACAGACCUGACAAACCUGACGAUAGACCUGACGACAGACCUGACAACAGACCUGGUGACAGACCUGACGACAGACCUGGCGACAGACCUGACGACAGACCUGAAGGACAGACCUGAGGACAGACCCGGCGACAGACCUGGCGACAGACCUGACGACAGACCUGACAACAGACCUGGUGACAGACCCGACGACAGACCUGACGACAGACCUGACAACAGACCUGACAACAGACCCGGCGACAGACCUGACAAACCUGACGACAGACCCGACGACAGACCUGACAACAGACCCGACGACAGACCUGACGACAGACCUGACAACAGACCCGGCGACAGACCUGACAAACCUGACGAUAGACCCGACGACAGACCUGACAACAGACCUGGUGACAGACCCGACGACAGACCUGACGACAGACCUGACAACAGACCUGACAACAGACCUGACAACAGACCCGGCGACAAACCUGACGACAGACCCGACGACAGACCUGACAACAGACCUGGUGACAGACCCGACGACAGACCUGACGACAGACCUGACAACAGACCCGGCGACAGACCUGACAAACCUGACGAUAGACCCGACGACAGACCUGACAACAGACCUGGUGACAGACCCGACGACAGACCUGGUGACAGACCCGACGACAGACCUGACGACAGACCUGGCGACAGACCUGACGACAGACCUGAAGGACAGACCUGA